AUGGAGUUACUAUCAGAGCAUCCCUGGGAUGUAAUCAUUGCAGGUACUGGGCUGGCUCAAUCUCUUCUGGCAUUAGCCCUUUCACGGUCGGGAAAGAAGGUGCUCCACUUGGAUCAGAACUCAUACUAUGGUGGGUCAGAGGCCGCCUUCAGCCUGGACGAAGCUUCGGAGUGGAUGAAUAGUGUCAAUCAACAUCCAGGCCGGACUCCAUUUGAAGAUGCGAAGAUUUCCACAAACCAACUUCCCACCUCCACGGUCGGCUCUGAGACGAGCGAGCUUCAAGGCACGCCGGACAUUCGUCCGAAGCUAGCUGCUAGUCGCGCCUACACUCUUUCUCUUUCCCCAUAUUUCCUCUACACCCGCUCAGAACUAAUCUCCGUCCUCAUCUCUUCGAAGGUAUAUCGCCAGCUGGAGUUCAUGGCUGUUGGCAGUUGGUGGAUCCAUUCUUCGGAACAUCCCAACGCUGAAAGCCAUGAGCUUGGCGCUACGCGACAGUUCCAUCGUGUGCCGGGCAAUCGGGAAGAUGUCUUCGCCGAUAGCAAUAUCAGCAUGAAGUCUAAGAGAACGCUAAUGCGUUUCUUGCGACACAUCAGCAAAGCUCAAGAUGAGGAAGAGCAGGAUGAGACAGAGAAAAAGGAGGACCUGUCGAUGCCGUUUGCGGACUACUUGUCUUCCAAUUUCAGUGUGCCGCAAGACCUCCAAAAUCCUCUGCUCUCGCUCUCUCUAUCACAGCUGCCCCAGCAGGACACCUCUGCCAGCUAUGCAGUGCCUCGUAUUAAGAGGCAUCUAGCUUCCAUUGGUGCCCUAGGACCCGGCUUCGGGAGUGUUGUCCCCAAGUAUGGUGGGGGCUCUGAGAUUCUCCAGGUUGGAUGCCGAGCUUCUGCUGUUGGAGGAGCCGUGUAUGCUCUUGAAACGGGUAUCCAAUCUAUCAAAGAUGGUGAAGUGUCAUCAGAGUCAGAACAUCCGGUUGAGGUGCAGCUCUCGAAUGGGGAGACGAUUCAAACUCGGUUCCUCAUUUGCUCUGCCUGGGAUCUUCCUUCUCUAGAACAGCCAUCCUGUGCCAAGGUUGCAAGAUCGAUUACUAUUGCGUCUUCAACCUUCACUUCCCUUUUCCCUGUCACAGCAGAAGGAGGGCCUGUGCCUGCCAGCGCUGUUCUUAUGUUCCCUGGCGAUACAUUGGACAGCCCCCAAUCUCCGCCGGUGUACCUCCAGGUCCACUCGAGUGACACCGGCGAUUGCCCACGACACCAGAGUGUCAUCUACGGCAGUGUCGCUGUAUCUGGCCUUGAAGGCCACACUCUCCUCGAGCGUGCCGUGGACCGACUCCUUCAGGCAGAAGGUCCUCAGGCCAUUGCUCUAUGGUCCAUGCGGUACAACCAAUUGGGACGUCUCAGUAACGGUGGAACACCACCCACCAUUCAGACUCUUUCGCCCCAUGUCUUCAGCUUCCCGCCCCCUAGCCUUGAUCUGGCGUUUGAGGACGAGACUGUUGACAUGAUCAAGCAGGCGUGGGUCAAGAUAGUAGGAGAUGAGGUGGCCCAUGACGAAUUCAUGAUCUUUGAGGAUCGCGAAGGCACCUCUGAUGAUUGA